GGCAAGAUGAGAGAAAGAUCUUGAAGCCCACCUAGAAUUUGUGGCUGAGAAUUCACAUUUUCUUGGUGACCUGGCUCUGUGUAUCUAAUCUAUUAACCUUAAUGAUGUGCUACGCAUGUUGUCCUGAACAUUCAACAGUCCUUUCCCAACACCGCAGAACACGAGAACCCCUUGAGAAGCUCCAUUCUGAGAGAGUUUUUAUGUGUCAGAUCUCCUAAUCCCUGAACUUCUAGUCUUGUUUUGUGUUUGUUUUCUUGUUUUACUCCGUUUUUAAGUAAAGAUACCGCAUACGGGUUUCUUGAUUGUCGAAAAAUAAGAUAGAGAAAUGUUUGAAGCGAAGGACCCGAUAAAGCUGUUUGGGAAGACCAUUCAGCUGCCGGAGAUGCCUGCUGUAGCGGCGGCGGAUGAAAUAGGUGGAACUGAUCCAGUUCAAUCUUGCGAUGUUGCUGCCAAUGAUAGUUCAAUACAAGAUCACCCUUGUUCAUCAAAUUCUGUAAUCGAUGAUAUAACUUUGGAUAUAGAAGCAGAACAGGAAGAAUCAACAAAGGAUUUAUCAGGUCAAAAACAGGAAAAAAGUGAUAUGAAGGAUGGAGCCCAACCUUUGAUGUUGGAGGAAUUAAAAGAUUCUAAUGUGACUCCACUGACAAAUAAUGAUUCGAAGGCACCGUCUAGCGAUAACAAUGCUUCAAUAUUGAAAUCUUCUAAAACAAGAGACGAUUCAAGCGAGACAAGUACCUCUCAGGAGAAGACACUUAAGAAGCCAGACAAGAUACUUCCAUGCCCGCGCUGUAAUAGUAUGGACACAAAGUUCUGUUACUUCAACAAUUACAAUGUCAGUCAGCCUCGGCACUUCUGCAAGAAAUGUCAGAGAUACUGGACAUCUGGUGGGACCAUGAGGAAUAUGCGAGUGGGUGCGGGUCGCCGUAAGAACAAGAAUGCAGCUACUCAUUACCGUCAACUAAUGGUCUCAGAAGCACUUCAGAAUGCCCGAGUUGAUCUCACGAGCGGAAUUCAGCAGCCAUCUCUCAGUCCCAAUGGCACUGCCCUUGCUUUUACUUCAGAUGCACCGCUAUGCGAGUCGAUGGCUUCUGUUUUGAGCAUUGCUGAUAAAACAAUUCAAAACUGCUCGCAGAACGGGUUUCACGAACCAAAAAAGAAAGAAAUCUCAAUAUCUCGUGGAAAUAAGGAUAAUGGAGAUGAUCACUUGGGUGGAUCAUCAGUCUCUGCAGCAAAUUCAAACAACAGGGUUGACAAAACUGGGUUACUUGACUCACAGAUGAAGAAUUUUCAUAGCUUUACUCCUCAGGUACCUUGCCUUUCUGGAGACCCGUUCCCUUACCCAUGGAAUUCAAUUCAAUGGGGAGCUCAAGUAUCCUCCUCUGCUCUUGGACCUACAAGUUUCCCUCUGCCAUUCUAUCCUACUGCACCAUACUGGGGUUGCCCAGUACCUGGCCCAUGGAAUGUUUCUUGGGUGGUCCCACCAACUUCUUCACAUAACCACACACCUCAGGGUUCCAGUCCCGAUUCCCCGACUUUGGGGAAGCAUUCACGGCAUGAGAACGAUUUGAAGCCAGCCAGCAACGACAAACACAAGACGCAAAAUGAGAGUAAUUGUGAGAAGUGCUUGUGGGUUCCCAAAACAUUGCGAAUUGAUGACCCGGGAGAAGCUGCAAUGAGUUCCAUAUGGGCAACAUUGGGUAUAAAAAACGAAAGAGUCCAUUCUUUUGGUGGGCGAGGCCUCUUCAAAGCCUUCCAAAGGGUAUCAAAGGACGAUGAGAAGAAGACUCACGUUUCCGAUACCUCUACAGUAUUACAAGCCAAUCCAGCCGCAUUGUCCAGAUCAUUAAACUUCCGUGAGAGCUUAGGAGCAGAUAGGUGAGAAGCUUUGUAAAUCUUACACUUGGUGACAAAAUGGAAAGGAUAAUAUCUUUCGUCAACGAGUUUUCUUCGUCUGGUCUGCCAUUUGUUCCUUCAGAAGAUCAUUAUCCCAAAGCACAGACUAAUCCGAAAGAAGAUUGGUUGCAUUUACCUCUUGAGAUAAGGUUUAAAUGACCAAGUCACCAAUUCAACUUCUCCUGGGUGGAUGAUGAAGUAGGUGAUUUUUAUUUUAAAGUGAUGGUCUGGUGAGGUUUUAGUUCAUGUACAUAUAUAUGAAAUAAUUAGAACUUGAACAAAGGGAGUUUUGUGCAACAAAUUCCACAUGCUAUAAACUAAGUUGGGGAUUCCAAAGUCAUCACUUUGUUCAUCUUUUUGGACAUGCGAUUCAGUUGGUAUUCUUAACAGGAAAGGAAUUUUUCUGUGA